ACAUGCUCAGGAAAUGAAGUCUGCUCUCCGUUCGCUCCUUAAAGUAGGACAGAUCGCGCCGGAUUAAGCGUUAAUCUGAGUCUUCUGCGCAUGCGCAUGAACGCGCGCUACUAGCGGACAAGGUGCGCGUUCGGAGAAGAAACGAACCGAGCCGGUUUCGACCAGCGACAACGCGAAUGAAGCCCACUGAAUACCGAACGCUUGUUGAAUUCAUCUUUCUGCCAGCGGAGGACUGUUUUCAGUUUAGUUUUGAGUGUAAUGGAAAAUGUUUGGGCAUUUUUUGCGCAAUCCCCCAUGUUAUCGCCUCACAAACACGCGUCGCGCGCGCAGAUUACGCUUAAUUUGAGCGGAUUUGAGGGAACGGACGCGUUUACUGUCAAUCGAGGCUCAACUGAAGACUGAAAGUGGCUUGUUUGGGUUUAAGGAUUAGGACAGUGGCCAAAAGAGGUGCCCUACAACAGAAACGGCCCACAACACCCUUGAGUGAAUUUUGCUUCUCACGCAUACUGAUCAGCCUCCAUAUAGAUGCUGUUGUGAAGGACAGAUCAGUUUGCACAAGCAUACUGGAAUGUUAAAUCUCCAUAGAUUCUGUAGUCUGUGGACUUUGUUCUGGAUGUUUGAAGAAGAGUUUACCUUGUACAGGCUAAAUAUUUCAUCCUGCUCUACAAAUUUCAAGGGUCUCUGUUCUGAUUGACCCAGAUGCUGCUGAAAACUGACUCAAGGAGGAAACUCUUGAAGCAAUAAAAAAAUCAUAUGAAGACUGUCAGAUCCACACAGUGAUCCAUGUUUGUGGAUAUGCAAACACAUCAGAACAAGACGCUAAAUUUAUCAGCCUGCUUUAGAGUAAACAGGGUUGCUUUAAAACACUCCACAGUCAUAAAUCAUCUCCAACCCUAACCAUGAUUCACUGAGCCAUGCAGUUCAGCCUCCCACAGUCCCAAAAUGGCAAAAUGUGAGCUCAUCGAGUUGCAGGACUUGACUCCAAAUGACCGUAUUGAGCUGGCGCCACCUAGUGUCCCUCCACCUGCCACAGUGCCCACUCUGGACAGGUGGAGCAGAGGGAAGGUGGUGCGCAUGGUGGGGGAGCGUGUGCGCCUGGAGGACCCUGACUGGCUGACAUGUAAACCGGGACGAGGCCACGACUUCCAGCCCUGCAGCCAGACACAGCUGAGCUGGUGCGACCUGUGUGGAGAGUUCAUCUGGGGCCUGUACAGACAGAGCCUCCGCUGCACACACUGUAACUACACUUGUCACUACCGCUGUCAACCCUUUAUUCAGCUGGACUGCAGCUCCAACACUGACACAAUCUGCGAACAAUCGAACUACAGCGAGGACACCAUCGAGACAGACACCAAUGUGGAUGAGCAGGAUGAAGUGGACUGGAGGAAACAGGAUCUGUCUGUCACUGAAAUACAGCAGAAAGUGAAGGAAUACAACGCUCAGGUCAACAGUGACCUCUUCAUGGUUUUGAAUCGUGAUGGCUCAUACACUGGCUUCAUUAAAGUGCAGUUUAAGCUGGCACGGCCCGUGUCUCUUCCCCCUCCCCGCAGCGUCUCCUCCUCCUCCAUCUCCUCCUCUUGUUCAGGAUGGGACGGCGGCUGUCAGGAGCGAACCUCCUUUUACCUGCCCAGAGACACGGUCAAGCACCUGCACAUCAGCUCCAGCACCCGUGCCAGAGAGGUCAUCCAGGCCCUGCUCAACAAGUUCACCGUGGUGGACAAUCCGGCCAAAUACUCCCUGUAUGAGCGCAGCCAGCGGGACAAUCAAGUGUACUUAAGGAAGUUAGCGGAUGAUGAAUGUCCACUUUUCCUGCGUCUGUGUGCUGGACCCAACGAGAAAGUCCUCAGUUUAGUGCUUAAAGAGAAUGAAACCGGGGAAGUGAAUUGGGAUGCGUUCAGUUUUCCUGAACUCCAGAACUUCCUGCGGAUCCUCCAACGGGAGGAAGAAGAUCACGUCCGGCAGAUCAUACGCCGAUACACUCUGGCUCGGGAUAAGAUGAAAGAGGCUUUGAAGAACCUCAGCACGCCUGGCUGAAUUAAUCUGUUUACACCUCACAAACAAAAGAGAUUGAGGAGGAAAUGCGGCUUAUUACUGUCUGAGUCCAAAGAGUGUGUGAAAGAGCCCUUCGUCCUACUGUGGACACAAUGAGGGGUGAAAGUGAAAGUGAAAUGCAGUGCGCGAGAGCGAGAAAGUGUGUUUGAAGCAUGACUGUUGAGUGUGACGUCAGACUGGAGGAAAUGCUGCGCUCGUAGCCGUAGAUCCAGUGGAGAGACGUCUUUUUGUGGAGAAUCUAUAUAUCAGUGCAGAUUAAAGAGUAUUUUCAUCACCAUUUAAACUUGUCAUAGGAAAUUAAACAAGGAUUAUUUUAAUAUCUGUAUAAAAAUGCCACCUGUUAGUGACACAAUAACUUGUCAUAUUUUGAAGCUCCCAUGUAUAUAUUUGGUUGUUUGUUGUCAAUUCUUCUGAAAUUAGAUAAAAAUAAACUAUUUUCCCCUUUAAAAUGGCUUGU